AUGGUCCCUGUGGUGCCUGUCAGGGUCGUCCGACUCGGAGCCUUGUGCGUCCUCGUUACAGUGACCGUCUUGACAACGAGUUACAUGCUCCUGAACCGUCAUCAUGGCAUCGACGACAAACUCGAACUGCUCGCCUUCACCGACAAUGGCACCGCCUACGCCGUCCAUGACAUCCUGACCCCGUCCUGGACAACCGAACAACUCGUGCCACGAUUCGCCUAUGUCCAGUACGCGACGAACCUGGAGUAUCUAUGCAAUGCGCUCAUCAACUUCACCCUGCUACGUCGUUAUGGUGCCCAGCACGAUCUCGUGCUCAUCCACCCCGAGAAGUGGACGCAAGGGACCUCGAGACAGGCAAAGGCGAUUCGCAAUCUAAAAGAGGCACAUCCCGAGAUUCAGCUUCGCCCCUUUGGCGUCCUCUCCACGACCAAGGGCGAUGCCACAUGGCGUGACAGUCUCACCAAGUGCCACGCCUUUGCUCUGACCGACUAUACGCGCGUCCUUGCCUUCGACUCGGACACGCUCGUCCUCAACUCGAUGGACCACUACUUCCUCGCGCCCCUAGCCGCCGUCGCCGUGCCACGUGCGUACUGGCUGACGACGGCCGCCUCUCCCCAAGACAAAAGUGAGGGUGAGCACGAGAAGCAUGGCAGUGAUAGUGAAAGUGGAACCAGCAUCACCGGCAGCCCCAAACCAACGGCCAAGCCCAAGCCCAAGCAGGCCCCCUCGAUCGCCCAGCAGGUCCUCGGAUCACACGUCAUGCUCCUCGAGCCCGACACGAAGCGCUACGCGCGCAUUGUCGAGAAUGCCGUCACGACGGGCGACUUUGACAUGGAGGUCGUCAACCAUCUCUUCGCCGACAACGCCAUGAUCCUGCCGCACCGCCGCCUCGCCCUGCUGACGGGCGAGUUCCGCCACGCGCCGGACGACCACGCCGCCUACCUCGCCCCCGAUACGGACGAGGAGUGGAAUGCCAUGGCCGAGGUCUCGCGCUCGUACCUCGUCCACUUUAGCGACUGGCCGCUGCCGAAGCCGUGGAAGUCGCGGACCCAGGCGCAGUGGGACGCCGCCCUGCCGGCGUGCGACGAGAACGAGCCGGCCCGGGAUGACAGGCCAAAGUGCGCCGACAGGGUCAUGUGGACGGGUUUCUACGACAUGUACGAUCAAAUGAAGGGUGAGGUGUGCGGGGUGCUCACCUCGUAG